CAGGCCUUUGUGUAAUUGGAGGGAGAGUCAGCUUCUGUCAAACAGACUUUAAAUUAUUAUUUACACAUUGGGAGCUGUAGAUUAAAGCGCAAAGCAGAGGUCCUCUCGCUCAUUCAGCAGCAGCAGCGAUGGGAAAACAUCUGGAACUUGGUCUGUACCUUCUCCUGUCUUUCUGCUUCCACUUAUCCAGCGCUCAUGUGGUUGAGUGGACUUAUCAAGAGGGAGAGCUCGAUGAAGCUAAUUGGGGGAAAAAGUAUCCACUUUGCAAUGCCAAGCAUCAGUCGCCGAUAGAUAUCCAGAGGAAGAAAGUAGCUCACAAUCCUGAGCUGGCGCACCUAGAACUCACGGGCUUUGAUGGGCCGUUACAAGGUCAUUUCAAGAUGACAAACAAUGGCCAUUCAGUGCAAAUAGAACUUCCAUCCACCAUGAAAAUCAAAAAAGGGUUAUUCAGCACGUACACUGCGGUGCAGAUGCAUUUGCACUGGGGAGGACUUGAUCUGGAAACCAGUGGAUCUGAGCACACCAUUGAUGGCAUGAGGUACCUCGCGGAGCUGCACGUCGUCCAUUACAACUCCGAUUUAUACAAGACGUUCGAUGAGGCUAAAGACAAGCCGGACGGGCUAGCGGUACUUGCUUUCCUCUACACUGACGGGAAUUUUGAAAAUACAUAUUAUAGCGAGUUUAUUUCCAAGCUCAGCAAGAUCCGCUAUGCAGGACAGGAGACUGAAUUAAAAACACUCGAUGUCCUUGCGAUGUUGCCUGAGAAUUUGGAUAAUUUCUUCCGUUAUAAUGGUUCCCUCACCACUCCCCCCUGCACAGAGAACGUGCUAUGGACGAUUUUUGAUUCUCCAAUCAUUCUUUCGCAUACACAGAUAAAGCUGCUGGAGAACACUUUGUUGGACUGGCAUAACAACACGCUACGCAAUGAUUACCGCCAUGCCCAGCCCCUGAAUGACCGCGUUGUACAAUCUUCUUUUCGUCCCCAUCUGUCCAAAAGCCCCUGCCAAACCGACCUUGCGGACAAGCUAAGUCAAAUUGAAAUCGACAUUCAAGAUGUGAAGAAGCAGGUUGGAGGCGAGAAAACUCCGAGAAUUGGUCUUCAAGCAGGUCCCCCUCCACUCCCGACUUACCCGUCUUACGUCUUCUCCAGGGAUCACCCAGCUGCCCACGUUGAAGUCCGUCCCUUAAAGGCCAUGCAGCUAGCCCAAUUCACUCUCUGUGCCUGGGUGAAAACCAGAAACGAGGGCAGUCAGAAACUCUUCUCCUACAGUACCUACAAUAGUGACAAUGAGCUUGUUCUCAGUUUGGGUUCUGACAUUGGGCUCUGGGUGGGAGGACAUUUCCAGAGUUUCAACCUGUUCCACACAUCUGAGGACUGGGUCCAUUACUGUGUCCAGUGGCACUCCGGGACUGGAAAUGCGGACCUUUGGGUCAGUGGACUUCCAGGAAAAGAAAGGAACAUCCGGCGUGGAUAUCAGAUUGAAGCUGGAGGUGUGGUUCUUCUUGGCAAAGAUCGUGCUGAUCUCUUGGGUUUGUUCUCUAAUGGCUUCAUUGGAUGGAUUAGCCACCUCAAUCUUUGGAGUCAUUUGCUAAAUGCUCAAGAGAUUAGGUCAUUGAGUCAGUGCCAAACAUCAGGUCCUAGGGGAGAUGUCAUAGCUUGGGGAGAGACCCCAGUAAUAGUGGCUGGUGGAGUCAUACUUGAGCCUGACCAUGGGUGCCGAUGAUUUAAAUUUCACUUUCUUCUUAAAUCUUUGUUUGUGUGCCUGUCUCUAAUGUCCGGUGACUUUCAUAAACAACAAAAUAUUUUUCCUUUGUCUAACCUCGCCACAAAAUACAUAUCCUCAUCAGAAUUGUGUAUAGGGAGAUAUGGGCCCUUAUAUGAGUCAGUCAUGAGUAGCCCAAUCAGAUGAGCUGCUGUUGUAACCCAGACCCCAAAUUAUAUGAGUUUUGAGAUCCUGCAAGUACCAGGUUACCAGUCUUAACACAACACGGAGACGUCUUGUCCCCAACUAUUACUCCUUCGUGAAGUAGCGCCUUUCUUAACAAACCGCUUGACACUUCAUGAGUAAAAUUACCUAUACAAACAGUAUGUAUCUAACUUGGGAUUUCAUUAACACUUCAAUAUUAUAUGUCUGUCUCUGGGGACACCUAGUGAUGUUUCCGGUCUAAAAUAUUUAUUUACCUACACAAUUUCCUCUAAAACGUCAUAAUCUUCAUUCUGCAUGAAAGUCAAUUUAUAAGCAGAUUCAGAAACAUAUUUUUGUCUAUGUUAUCAGGCAAACGUUAAAUGUCAAUUAUAUGGGAUCACGAUGACACUGGAUUGUUAAUUAAACAUGAAAAUGUUGCUGCUUUUUGGUUUAUCAAGCAAAUAAAUAAUGUGAUUAAUGAGAA